ACCCCAAACCCGUUCUAAUCCCUAAUUUCACCCCCUUUCUUUCUCUCUCUCGAUCGAUUCAGGUCUCAGAUCGGCGACGCGAGAUGAUGGAGGAAGUUUUGUUGGAAUUUCGUGCUGGCAGAAUGUCGCUUGAAGGGAAACGGGUGGUCCCAGAUAGCCGCAAAGGUCUUGUUCGCAUUGGAAGGGGUGAGGAAGGAUUGAUCCAUUUUCAGUGGCUUGAGCGCACGCAGAAUGUUGUUGAACUUGAUCAAAUAAUCUUCCCAGAUGAAGCUGUUUUUGAGAAGGUGUCUCAGUCUUCUGGGAGAGUAUACAUUUUGAAGUUUAGUUCCGAUGAACGAAAGUUCUUUUUCUGGAUGCAGGAGCCACAAUCUGAUGGAGACUCACAACUAUGCAAUUCUGUCAAUUGCUUUAUCAAUCGCCCUAUAGACAUGAUUGGUGAAGAUGAGGCAGAAGCAUCAGUUCCUAUGCAUAUGUCUGAAGUGUCAGAAGACACAGCUGAAGACGAUAUCUCAUCUAGAGCUGGAAAUUUGGUUGAUCAAACUGUGGCUGGGGAAUCGGCUGAAGUAACUUCUUCUGCUGGACACGUACAAUUAGCGGACUUGCAGAGAAUAUUAAGAGGCAUCCAGGCACCAGCUGCUGUUGAAGACCCUGAUGCAGGUCUAGGAUUAGGGGAUAUUUUGACACCUGAUUUGGUUUCUCCACUGAUUGAAAAGUUACCAGUUCAGCAAAGACUGGCGUCAUACUUACCUGAGGGUCCUUGGACUCCCGAAACUAUCACAGAAUUGUUACAGAGUGCACCAUUUCGCCAACAAGUAGAGACAUUUACACAUGUACUUCGAACAGGACAGAUAGAUUUGUCUCAGUUUGGAAUAGACUCAAGUAAAUAUAAUUUCACUGUUCUCUCAUUCCUCGAGGCGUUGGAGGAUUCAGUUGCCAAAACGGCAGAAUCUGGGGAAUCUGCCGCAAGGCAAGAUGGGCACAAGGAUGCCAUGGAUGAGAGCUGAUAUGAAUGUGGAACAUGGUUUUCUUUUUAGCCAGAACAUGGUAAAGGCGUGAAACUCUCCCUCUCCAUUCUUGUAAAAGCCGGGUUCAAAGCGGGGAAUGGCAGGCAUGAUAGGGGACGAUAUGUUUUGAUGGUGCGUUUGAUUUACGGUUGGUUGAUGCAAAAUGGAACAAUAAACUGCUCAAUUGUUUUUCAUUCAAAUACUUUGUGGUUUCUCGGUCAUGUUUCGUACUUUAUAACCAGAUGCGUGCUAAAUGUUGAGAGCCACUUUUAGGGUGCAGUUUGUAAUUGAAAAGCGUGGCAUCAGAUGUGCAAAACUUUGGGAGAAACUUUUGGGGAACUAGUAGUAGGUUCAUGUGUUGUUUCCUAUUUAGUGAGCCUGAUUUGUACUAGGAACAACUUUUUAGGGGUCAUGAAUGCUUACUUAAAAUUCUAUUA